UCAAGAUUUAUUUCAUUACAAAAAAUGUUACAACAUAUUAUAUUAUCAGAAAAUAAACGUGAUUCAGUGGUAUACGCUAUUAAUAGACUUUUUGGUGAUGAUAAUAUUGAUAAUAAUUAUAAUAUAGUUUUUAAUUCAUUAUCAACACAAAGUGAAACUUUGAAAAUAUUGGAAUUUAAGUAUAUACCUUUUAAUAAAAUAAAUGAAAAGGCGUUGAAUUCAUUAUGUUUACUUAAAAAUAUAAGAGUAUUAAAAUUAUAUAAGUGUAGAGAGAUUUAUGAUAAUUUAAAUUCUUGGGCAAAAAAUUUAACAAGGCUUGAAGUAUUUGAAUUUGUGGCGUAUUAUAUUCCAACUAUUUCUGAAGGUUUUUUGGUUCAAUUAAUUCAAUCUUCUUCAAAAACUUUAACUAAAUUAGUAUUACAUUAUAAAAGAGAACAUAAUCAAGUAUUUCAACAAAUUCCAUUUUAUUCUCAUUUAUUAAUUCAUUUAGAACUUCCUAAAAUUUUUCCUGAUGAAUUAAUUCUUAUAUUUAAAUCUUGUACUAAAUUAAUUUAUUUUAGUACAAUAUUAUCAGAUCAUGGAUCAUGGGAAAAUAUUUUUAGAAAUUUAGGUAAAUUUAUACCAAAAAAUUUAAGAAAAAUU